GUAGUUUUCUCUUCUUUGACUCUACGAUCUGUGGAGAAUGUCUAGAUUUCAGGAACUUAAAGAUUUAUUCAAACGGCGGCUGAUAAAUGAAGCUCGCGCUGAUCUGUUUGAACAUUUCGAGGAAUCAAUAUCUGGAGUUGAAAAGGAGAUCGAUCACAAACGGAAACUACUGGAUUUGGUUUUACACCCCGACGUGAAGCUGCUGAGAGCAGAGAGUCCUGCAGAUGUUCAGCAGCUGUUAGAGAAUAAAGAAGAGCUUCCCAGCUCCAGUCGGGACCACCAGGACCCAGAUUCUUCACACAUUAAAGAGGAACAGGAGGAAGUCUGGACCAGUCAGGAGGGAGAGCAGCUUCAAGAACUGGAGGAGGUUGAUAUCACCAAGUUCAUAUUGACUCCUGUUCCUGUGAAGAGUGAAGAUGAUGAAGAGAAACCUCAGUCCUCACAGCUUCAUCAAACACUAACUGAGGAGAUAAAAACAGAAGCUGAUGGAGAGGACUGUGGAGGAUCAGAACCAGACAGGAACUCACAUCCAGAUACACAUUUACAACCUGAUACUGAUGACAAGAUUUCAGACUCUUCUGAACGUGUCACAGGGGAAAAACAAUUUAUCUAUUCGGAUCAAGGUUACAGCUCCUAUACCACAAGUGUGAUCCUGAGGCAUCACAAAAGUAUCCCCUUAAAGACCGUAAAAAAGGCAAGAAACCACUGA